AUGCAAGGCAGGAUCAGUCUCCCCACUCUCUGCCACUUCCUUCUCCCUUGGGCCUUCACCACCUUCCACAGAGCCCUGGGGGACUCAGCGCCCCACCCUGGCCCCCACUACCUCCUGCCCCCCAUCCACGAGGUCAUUCACUCUCGUCGUGGGGCCACGACCACGCUGCCCUGCGUCCUGGGCGCCCCGCCUCCCAGCUACAAGGUGCGCUGGAGCAAAGUGGAGCCGGGGGAACUCCAGGAAACGCCCAUCCUCAUCACCAACGGACUGCACGCCCGGGGUUACGGGCCCCUGGUGGGGCGUGCCAGGAUGCGAAGGGGGCAUCGGCUAGACGCCUCCCUGGUCAUCGCGGGCGUGCGCCUGGAGGACGAGGGCCGGUACCGCUGUGAGCUCAUCAAUGGCAUCGAGGACGAGAGUGUGGCGCUGACCCUUCGCCUGGAGGGUGUGGUAUUUCCGUACCAGCCCAGCCGGGGCAGGUACCAGUUCAAUUACUACGAGGCGAAGCAGGCGUGCGAGGAGCAAGACGGACGGCUGGCCACCUACGCCCAGCUGUACCAGGCGUGGACCGAGGGUCUGGACUGGUGUAACGCGGGCUGGCUGCUCGAGGGUUCCGUGCGCUACCCUGUGCUCACGGCGCGCGCUCCGUGCGGUGGCCCAGGUCGGCCCGGGAUCCGCAGCUACGGGCCCCGCGACAGGAAGCGCGACCGCUACGACGCCUUCUGCUUUACCUCUGAGCUGUCAGGCCAAGUGUUCUUCGUGCCGGGGCGGCUGACGCUGUCUGAAGCUCACGCGGCGUGCCGGCGGCGCGGGGCCGUGGUGGCCAAGGUCGGGCACCUCUAUGCAGCCUGGAAGUUCUCCGGGCUAGACCAAUGCGACGGAGGCUGGCUGGCGGAUGGCAGCGUGCGCUUCCCCAUCACCACGCCUCGGCCGCGCUGCGGGGGCCUCCCGGAUCCCGGAGUGCGCAGCUUCGGCUUCCCCAGACCCCAGCAGGCGGCCUACGGGACCUACUGCUACUCCGAAUAG